UGUAAAAGUAUUCUUGAUUAGAUAAGAUUAUUUAUUAUGGUACAUACACCGUGAUGUACCUAUGUGAACGAAGUAGUUGUUAAAGGUUAAAAGUGCUAAAUUACAAAAAUGGAAACAAGCAGUACAAAGAAAACUAGUAAAAGUGGUGAUGUUAGUCUAUUAAAAAAGUUAUUUGAUAUAAGAAGGCCCGCGAAAGUGCAGAAUGCUACGUUCCCUAGGACAACAGGAAAAUCAUCGGAGGAGGAGCCUACAGGUAAAGAAAGAUUAUUUGUGAGAAAUCAAAGCUAUAGAAAAAAAUCUCUAAAAAAUAAAUACAAAAAACAGAAUUCAGAAGUUAACAAUGUUGAUAGCAACGAACACGAACAUGGUGCAAAUGUUAAGAAGUUGUGCCAACAGUUUGAACAAACUGAAAUCAAAUCUGCAGAAGAUAAGAGUGAUACUUUAGCAGAUUCGAGUAGAGCUGAUGACAAAAUUUUAAAACAAAGUAUUUCCAAUGUUGAGGUAAAGAGGAGAAACAGUGGUAUAAAUUAUAAACAAAAGAGAGAAAACAAAAUAAAAAGCUUCGUUGAAGCAGAAAAUGAAGAUGCCACUGAGGAAUACAGAAAAAGUUUAAUAAGCCAAAUGGAUAUGGAAAUAGCACACAUGAGAGAAGAUGGCUUUAUAGACGAUGAAGACAAUUUUAUGACAGAUGCACCUCAUACCGUCUUAGAUGAAACAUCGCCUUUGUUCUCCGAGGUGAACAGUGAUUACCUAGUUAGUAACAAAAAUUUAGAGGAACCAAUGAAUUUGGAUCCAGAUAUCAAUACUUUCUGCACUGACAUUACUACAGUUGCUGAAAAUGAACUGUCAGAUUUUCAUGACGACGCAAAAUGUCACCAAGAUAUACUAAGAUUAAAUAGCUACGAAGAAUUCACUGAAAGUCUUGGAGAUGAUCUUGAAAAUGGCCUGUUUGUCGUGGAAGCUUACAACGAUGAUGGACGGGAAUUAAUAGAAGUGCAAGUUAUGAUAGACAGAAGACCUGUUAGUAUGGAUAAAGAAGGUCUCACAGACGCGAUAAAAGAUUCAGAAAUGGUAUUUUACGAGAAUGUAGACCGCACAUAUAAUUGCAUACGCAAUGAACUAACUGAGUAUAUUGAUCAAAACAAAUCAGAACAAUGUGCGGGUGCUUCUAGAAACUUAGAGGAAAAUAUUUACGAAAAUAUAGAAACUCCUAGUGAAGAAACGAAAGAACCACUCAUGAUGUUUGCUCCAAUGUCCAAUCGCUCUACCAUAUAUUCAGUUACAUCUCAAGAAAGUUCCGUGUUUGACACAGACGACGAGGGAAUAGAACUGGGCAGAAACAAAGAAGUGUAUAGUAGUGUUCGGAGAGAGACGUUCUGUGAUGAUAAGGGUAUUGUACGUAUUGAACGUGUUGCUUUCUCAGAUAACCACCCAUUUCCCAGCUUUGUCACCAGAAGUGAAUCAACAGCAUCGUUAAAAAGGCUUGAGUACAUAAUAGAUGAAAUAAAAUCAACUGAACGAAAAUAUGUUGAAGACCUGGCUAAAGUUGUCAAGACGUAUAAACCAUGGAUUGAGAGGCAUACUCCAGUCGAACUCAAGGACUAUCACGGCUAUUUAUUUGGAAAUAUAGAUAAAAUUCAUAGGAGGCAGAGAAAGUUCCUAGAAGACCUAAAUAAAUGUGGCAGAGAUGUAAAUGAAGUAGUAGGAUGUUUCAUAAAACACGAGCUUCUCUUCGAAAUGUACCCUCACUAUUUCAGGAACAAACCAAAAGCUGAUAAUCUACUUAAGGAAUUUAGUCCUAUAAUAAAGGAAAUGCAAGAAAAAUAUGGGGAAAGACUUGACUUUUCAGCAUACUUGUUGACACCAGUGCAAAGGCUUGGAAAGUACAUUUUAUUGUUAGAACAGAUUGAAAAACAAUUGAAGAAAUUGGAAUUGCCUGUGGAUAAUACCCAAACUGCCUUAGCAAUAGUGAGAGAAGAAAUGUCAAAGGGUAACGAUUCAGUGGCUAUCGAAUCGAUCGAAAACAGUCCUAUAAGUAAGAUGGAUUAUGGAUCGUUUAAAAUGAGGGAAAUGUUCAGUAUUACCAAGCCCAGAAAAGUAGAAUGCAUGGUGUUCUUAUUUACCAAUGUGUUGGUGUUUACGACAUGUGACCCAACUCGAUUGGAAGUUUUCUAUUACUACGACCACAUAAAAAUGAAUGAUUUGAGGAUAGCAACAUUUAAUGACUUUAUUAUACACCUAACGGAUUUUACAAAAAGCAAGAAAAAGCAAAAUUCGAGCAAGUACACUUAUAUUCUUGAAGCGAAAUCAGAAAAAAUAUGGAGAACCUGGAAAGAGAUGAUUGAGAAAAUUUUGUGGGAUCAACUUCGAAAAACCAAAGAAACGCUGAUGUCCGACAAAAUACCCAAAACCAUCAACGUACGUGAUAGGAAUAGAACGAAAUCAACAGGCUCGUCCGUAUUCUACUGUGAAUAAGUAUAGAGCUGUAAAAUAUCAUCAAGACCUAAAGAAGUAUUUGUACAUACACCAAUAUGAGAUAUAUUUAUUUAUUUAUAAAAUUAUACAAUUGUGAUAAAAAUAUCAAUAUAUAUAUUUUAAAAAUACGCCAAUAAUAAAAAGGAAUUUCCUUAUCCAGUUUCCAA